AUUUUCUAUGUUAAAUAGACCGAGGGCUACAUGAAAUAUCCGUGACAUGGAUUUUGAUCGACUGAUGCUGGGCAUUAACGCCCUGGCUUCUUCCGCGAACACAAAAUCAGCUCGUCAAACAAUCGAAACGUUGAUAACAGUUUUUCGCAAUCUUGAGCAAGGAACGGACCCGAAAUUCCGUCAUCUAAAUUUGACGAAAGGCCGAGUGAGGGAUGAGUUGUGGAAUUCCAUUCCUGCUCGACAAAUUCUUCUCAGUGGAUGUUGGGUUCACGUGGAAUCGUCGAAUAGUCUAGAAUUUGUUGGUGAUGAUCACACGGCAGAUUUGGUGUUGCAGAUGUUGCUGGAGCACAGCAUACCUGAGGUUUCGCAACAUUGGGGAAGUAGUGAUUCUAUCUUCUUUUUUUUCCUUAUCGGAUCUCACUCAUCGAAAUUUGGAAGGCAAUUGAAGCCGAAAGAUCAUGAAUGGACCCGGGAAAAUAAAGUGAUGGAUUUUUCGAAAACUGAGCGAGAAGAUGCGUUGAAGAAAGAAGCUGUCGAUGAACGAAAUAAGGAAUACGAAGCUUGUCUGAAAGAUAAGGCUCUGCCAAUUCUUAUCCGUUUAAAAUUAUCUUCGUAUUGCAGAAUUUUUGUGAUAAUGGACAGUGUAGACCGGUUUCAGGAUUUUCCCAUGGAUAUAUCGGCGUGGACCUGCGAGCACGUUGAAGCGUGGUUGAAAUCCGUAGAUUUGGAGCAAUAUUCGAAUGCUUUCGGCACGAUACACAAAAUUGAUGGACGGGUCUUGCUUAUGCUCACAGAGGAUGAUUUGCGCCUCCCGCCAUUACAAAUAGAAAUUUUGGGUGAUGCGAAACGACUGUGGUGGCACGUGGCACAACUUCAGAACGGCAGAACUGCUGAGGUAUUUUUUCCUGCCAACGGAGCCGUUGGAGGGAUUGAUGGGGUUAUUCGAGGGCCAAGAUCCACCAAGAUUCUGUGUCAUCGAUCGCCCUGGACAAAUAUGGUUUUUCCAAAUUCAGGGAAAAAAAGACAGCGCCGACGUUCGCAUCAUUCAGAGGAAAUGAGUGUUACUGAUUCAGACGUGGGAAGCAACGAGCCUUUGUUACGAAACCCAAACGGGUCCGCGACAAAACCCAUUAAUGUGGGGUCGCCGCAGAGUGUGUUGGGAUCCCCGUCACACGAUCGACAUCUUGCCUCAAAUCUCCAGCCGGAAAUCUCAAAGCUUUUUAUUGCGUGUUGUUACUUUCUGAUGUCUACGUGGGUCACCGCCGUUGUUAUGGUCGUCGUUCACGACCGUGUGCCUGAUAUGGAAACGCAUCCGCCUUUACCGGACAUUGUACUCGACAAUGUCCCCUUGAUGCCGUGGGCGUUUCCUAUGAGCGAAGUGUGUGCUUCGUUGUUGUCGAUGAUUUCACUGCUGGUGCUGAUUUUGCACAAACAUCGGUUUGUCAUCAUGAGACGUUUUUUCGCAUUGACUGGCACAAUUUUCCUUCUGCGAUGUGUUACGAUGCUCAUCACUUCGCUUUCCGUUCCCGGUAAACAUCUCAGCUGCAAAGCGAGGGACCCAAGUGGGGAUCUCAUGGUAAAGUUUUGGCAAGCUUACGAAAUUUGGAGAGGCGCAGGGAUGAGCUUGCAAGGCGUUCGUUCCUGCGGCGACUACAUGUUCUCCGGGCAUACUGUUGCCUUGACUCUUCUCAAUUUCUUCAUCACGGAGUAUACUAAUCGUCGGAUGUAUUUCUUACAUACGAUGGCCUGGUUGCUGAACAUGUUCGGCAUAUUUUUCAUACUUGCGGCACACGAGCACUACUCCAUCGACGUUUUCAUAGCUUUUUACAUUUCUUCGCGAUUGUUUUUGUAUUAUCAUACGUUGGCGAACAACAAGACUUUCAAGGAGACGCGGUCCUCCAGAACCAGGGUCUGGUUCCCGAUGCUUUCGUAUUUCGAACGGAACGUGGAUGGAGCCGUGCCGAACGAGUACGAGUGGCCGUUCAGUUGGCAGUAUUGGCAGUCCAUCAUCCUUCAAGUCUUGCCAUUCAUUCGCAUGUUCCAACAGUGGCUGAGGGACACUGCCAAAACUGCAGAACGUGUCGCAAAAAGCAAGCGGGACUCUGUAUGCACUAAGUUGAGGGAAGUGGCGACGAAUAGCAAAAGCUCCACUUAUUUCCGCGCCGGGAUCUCUGAUAACGACGAUGACCGUAGUUCUCAUCGGUCCAAAACCCGUAGGCGAACCAAAAAACGGGGAAGCAACAAGAUCAAUCUGAGUUAGAUCUAAGUUGAACGUAUUAUUUUUGAGGUUGUUUAUGUUGAUUUUUAUUUUUUGUGGAAUGGGAUUCCAAAUGGUUUCAAGCUUUAAUCUGCGUUUCAUCGCAACAGCACGUGGUUGGUGUCAGAUGGAAGAGAGAAUUUGCGGGAUCAGUUCGCUCACCGAAAACUGAGCAAUUGUUAAUUUCUUCACGAACGGGGAAACAAAUCACGCAUGCAUGAGUUACUGUGUCUAUACCUGUGAUCAGUGAUUUAGAUAGAAAAUGCUCGCGGUGGAUAAUUGACGGGGAACGAGGAAUGUCUUGACGUUGAAAACACAAAGAAAAAGACUUCUUUUCAAGAAUUUUUAUUCCGUCAGUUUUCGUUCGUAUCACGCGUAGACUUGAUUUUACCGUGAAUUCCUCGAAAAUUACACGAAAUUUCUUGAAUUGAAUUCAAAUCCUGUUUAAAUAAUAUUGUUUUGGUCCCCCGGGGAAACGUCUCUGUUUUUGCGAAAUCUGGUUGAGUGUAUUAUUUAUAUUGUUGCAAGUUUUAUCAUUCCCUGUGCGUAGAAUUUAUUUAUUUAUUUAUAUUUGGUUAAUGGGGAUUUGCGAAUUUCGCAAUUUUUGGUGUUUUUUCUUGUGGGCUGUGAGGGAAAUCGUGCGAGGUCAGGUCUCGUGGUAGUGACUGCUUCCGUGAGCAGUAAUCAAAGCUGAUGAUUUCGGAAUUCCAGCUUCGGUGCUUGAUUGUGGAGAAUUUCGAGCGUUUAUUGGAACACUAAUUCUUGAAGCA